GAGCUAGUAACACGCAAAUUUAACAUUGUUUUAUGAUAUAUCCCGAAUUAUUCCUAUGGCUAUGAACACUGAGCUGUCCUCCUCUGAAACCAAAGAAGAAGAAGUGAUGCUGGAAAUAAAGGGUGAUGACAACAUUCAAGACAGUGAGACAAAAACAAUAAGUACAGUUGAACUCAUAGAGCCCACCUUAGAGUCGCCUAGUGAAGGUGGCACAAGCACUGCAGAAGCCCACGAAAAGUCUGGCAAUCUGAAAUUGAAAGCAUCAGAGGAAAAUUCUACAAGAUCAAUAGGCAGUACUGAAGUUCAAAUGAUGCUAUUGUCGCUAUUGUUAGCGGUAACGGUGUUUAUUGCAGGAGGGGCAUAUGCAGCUCUCCUUAAUUUUCAUGAAGUUUUUUCUAACACGGAGCAUGUUAAGACUGUGAACCUUAGCAUCUUUGAGAUUUUGACAUUUCCAAGUGGUACAACAGAAGGCUUUCUUUUCCUUAGUGCAACAACAGCAGCUUUCAUGACAAGUAUGUCGGUAAUUUGGUAUGCCUUGUGCCUGAUCUGUGGGAGAUGGACUUCUUUGGCCACUUUGUCGUUGUUUGUAAUAGCGGCAAUGUGUCUUGCAAUGUUUCUUAGUUUUUUUGCUAUGUUGAAUAAGCUUGUUCCCCACUUCGUCACAGUAGGUGGAGGCCAUGCCAAAGUUCCAGAAGCUUGGAUUGUAGUAUUCUACAGUAUAUACAUGAUGGUUCUUAUACCUACGAUACUGGCAUUUAUUGUUCAAAGGGUAAUUCAUGGACUUUGGUACAUGUAAAAUAGCGAAGUUUGACAUUCUACUCUAGGGUGUAAUCUAGGGCUAGCCUCACAUCCUGGCCCACUAAAGUGCCAUGCGAUGAUUAGUAGUUGAUUUUUGUAAAUGU